AUGCCCGAAUUUGGUGUAUUUCAAGUUCAAAAGGAUAGUACUUCUACUUCGCUUGAUGACGAUGCUGAUGAUACUGCCCCUGUUGACGUCACUGGGUGCACUAUAGAGCCCACACCCUUUAGUCAUCCAAAGUAUCCAAACAUAAAGUUUUGGAACCUACCAGGAAUUGGAACUCCGAAUUACCCUGACCGGGAAACGUACCGCAACAAGGUACAGCUCGACAAGUAUCAUACAUUCCUCAUUUUUUCAAGCAGCCGGUUCACCGAGAACGACAUCGUAUUGGCCAAAGAGAUCAAGAAACAGGGAAAGUCUUUUUUUUUCAUUCGCACAAAAAUCGAUGACAAUGUGCGAGCCGAGAAGCGAAAGAAAUCUUUCAGUGAAGCUGCUAUGUUAGAGAAAAUCCGGCGCAAUUGUAUGGAAAACCUGGUUGACGAGGCUGCCAAGCCUAUAUGCAGUGUAGACCACAUCUUCCUGAUAAGCAACCAUCAUCCAGACAAAUGGGAUUUUGGUCGACUUACCCAAGAGAUUCUUGAUGCAUUGCCAAGAUAUCAGCAAGAGACCCUUACCUUGUCUCUGAAUACCCUCACCACCUUAUCAAAAGAUAUGCUGAAGAGAAAAGUUAAGGUUCUCGAAGGGCGGAUGAUGUAUGUUGCAGGGGCAUCUGCUCUGGCAGCGGCGAUUCCAGUUCUUGGGCUAUCUUUUGCCGUAGAUAGCGCUCUCCUAUUGAAAGAAAUUAGAGAGUACAUAACCCAGCUUGGUAUUCCUGAAAAAGGAUCCAACAGAUUUGGGAGGCUAAGUUCUACCACCCAGCAGGAGAUUCUCGACCUUUUCAUAAAAAUUGAGAUUAACCUUCGACCUAUUCCUUGA